AUGAAGAUGUUGACCAAAUUUGAGUCCAAGUCCUCCAGGGCCAAAGGUGUGGCUUUCCACCCCAAAAGACCCUGGUGCUUGGUCUCGCUCCAUUCAUCAACAAUCCAACUUUGGGACUAUCGUAUGGGCACCUUAAUUGACAGGUUUGAAGACCAUGUUGGUCCAGUACGUUGUGUUAACUUCCAUCCAACUCAGCCUUUGUUUGUUUCUGGAGGUGAUGAUUAUUCAAUCAAAGUUUGGUCGUUGAACACUAGGAAAUGUAUCUUUACCCUUAAUGGUCACUUGGACUAUGUCCGUGGUGUUUCAUUUCACCAUGACUUACCAUGGAUCAUUAGUUGCUCUGAUGAUCAGACUAUCAGAAUCUGGAAUUGGCAAAACAGACAAGAAAUUGCAUGUUUAACAGGACACAAUCAUUAUGUUAUGAGUGCGCAAUUCCAUCCAACUGAAGAUUUAAUAGUUUCGGCCUCUUUGGACCAAACUGUAAGAGUUUGGGAUAUCUCAGGUUUAAGAAAGAAACAUUCAGCGCCCACGAGCUCCGUACGCUCUUUUGAAGACCAAUUGCAAAGACAACAGUUGCCGCAACAAGAUAUUUUUGGUAAUGUUAAUGCUAUUGUCAAGUAUGUUUUGGAAGGCCAUGAUAAAGGUGUCAACUAUGCCGCAUUCCACCCAACCUUGCCAUUAAUUGUUUCUGCUGGGGACGAUAGAUUGGUGAAAUUAUGGAGAAUGAGCGAUACAAAGGCAUGGGAAGUUGAUACUUGUAGAGGACAUACCGGAAAUGUUUUAAGUGCCAUUUUCCACCCGCACCAGGAUAUGAUCCUAAGUGUUUCGGACGACAAGACCAUCAGAGUCUGGGACUUGAAUAAGCGUGUCCCAAUCAAGCAAUUUAGAAGAGAAAAUGAUCGUUUUUGGCUCAUUGCUAGCCACCCGACCAUCAAUCUCUUUGCUGCAUGUCAUGACUCUGGUGUAAUGGUUUUCAAAUUGGAAAGAGAAAGACCAGCACAUGCAUUGUUCCAAAACAAGUUGUACUAUGUCAAUGCUGAAAAACAAGUGCAAGCUUUUGAUUUCCAAAAGCAAGAGACAUCUUUACCGAUGAUGUCAUUGAAAAAGAUUGGCAAGACAUGGUCAUUUAUGAGAACAUUGUCAUAUAAUCAAAGCGAUAAUUCCAUUUUGGUUGUUCACGGUGAGGGCGACAACUCCAACUAUGCGUUGAUCACAUUGCCCAAGCACGCCACCGGUGCUAUCGAGCCAACUGAUAUCAGACAAGGUGAAGGCAAUUUCGCAGCAUUUAUAUCACGUAAUCGUUUUGCUACAUUCAUUAAAUCCUCAAAGACUUUGCAUGUAAAAGAUUUGAGCAAUAAUGUUACAAAAACAGUGCAAUUGGAUUCUUCAGUAGUUGAUGUCUUGCCUGGUGGACCUGGACGGGUCUUGUUGGUUAAACAACAUUCAGUAAUCAAUUAUGAUGUGCAACAACGUAAAGAGUUGUCUGAGCUCAGUGUCAACAAUGUCAAGUACGUUAGCUGGUCCAACGAUGGUCAAUAUUUGGCUCUUUUGUCAAAGCACACCAUAACCAUUGCUUCGAAAGAUUUGGAAUUGAUCACUUCGAUGCACGAGACAAUCAGAAUCAAGAGUGCUGCUUGGGACGACUCUGGUAUUUUAUUGUACUCUACAUUGAACCAUAUCAAGUACACUUUACUCAAUGGUGACAAUGGUAUCAUCAAGACAUUGGAGAAUACUGUGUACAUCACCAAGGUCCAUGGUGACUUGGUCUAUUGCUUGAAUCGUGCAGGUCAAGUCGAAGUCAUCAAGAUUGACCCUACAGAAUAUAGAUUCAAGCGUGCUUUGGUGAACAAGAACUUCAAUGAAGUAUUGAGGUUGAUCAAGAACUCCACUUUAGUUGGUCAAAACAUUAUUGCAUACUUGCAAAAGAAAGGGUUCCCUGAAGUGGCUUUACAUUUUGUUCAAGAUCCAGAGACCCGAUUUGAUUUGGCUUUGGAGUGUAGUAACUUGCAAGUUGCUUUAGAGCAAGCCAAGAUUUUGAAUGACGCUAAGAUUUGGGAAAAAUUGGGCGAGGAAGCAUUGUUGCAAGGUAACACUGAGGUUGUUGAGUUUGUUUACCAACAAUUACACUUGUUUGAAAAAUUAUCCUUUUUGUAUUUGUACAAGGGCGACCAAGAAAGAUUGAACAAGAUGACGACCAUUGCUCAACAUCGUGGGGACUUGUCCGCAAUUGUUCAAAACACUUUAUACAACAAUGAUGUACAAAAGAGAUGUGAAGUCUACAUUCAAAGUGGAAUGCUUCCCUUGGCCUAUACAUUGGCCAAGUCUAACGGCUUGGACGAAUUUGCCGCGCAGAUCUUGGAAGAAGCCGGUGUCUCUGAAAAAGAUGUAGUGUUGCCAGAGUUGGGAGAGACUGUUCCAUUACCACAGCCUAUUGCCGAGCCAAUUACUAACUGGCCAUUAAAAGACUCGUCGUUGUCAUUCUUUGAGAAUGCAUUGCUCACUGGAAAAGUUGAGAAUUUGAGUCUUGAAGAGGAGAGCACCACUCCAAUAUCUUCUACCGGUGUUGUUGAUGUAGGAGCUGCCAAUUUAGACUUUGAUGACGAGGAAUACAAGGAGAGCAGAGAUGACGAUGAUGAUGAUGAUGGCGGUGCGUGGGAACUUGACGAUGAUUUGGACAUUGAUGAUCAAGAUUUGCAAGGCGAGGAUGAGCAGAUCGACGCUUCAGUUACGAUUGUUGGUGAUAAAGAAGUAGGUGACUGGUUGCGUAAUGCCAAAACGCCUGCCACAUAUGUAGCUGCUGGAGCCUUUGAACAAGCAUCGACAUUGUUGAACAAGCAAGUUGGUGUAACUAAUUUCGAGCCAUUGCGUGAAAGAUUUUUACAAGUUUACGGUGCCUCCAAAUUGUAUUUACCUGGUGCAGAUGACUUGCCUGCUAUGAAGACAUAUAUUCGUGAAAAUUCCGAAGAGGAGGAUCCACGCAAGAUUGGGCCAUUUGUUCCUGGGUACGAUACAUUGGAAGAUCAGCUCUCACUUGCAUUUAAGAAGUUUAAAGCUAAUGAGUUGGCCGAGGCAAUCAAGACUUUUAAAUCAGUGAUUUACACCAUUGCAGUGUUGAAUGUCAAUGACGAAUCAGCCGAAUCCAAGUGUCAGGAAGUCCUCAGUUUGUGUCGCGAGUACAUUCUUGGUUUGUCCAUUGAACUUGCACGUCGUGCGUUGCCUGCUUCAGAUGUCAAGAGAAAUUUGGAACUUGCUUCGUACUUUACCAAGGUACAAUUGCAACCAGCACACAAGCUCAAUGCAUUAAAUGUUGCAAUGACUCAAUCUUACAAGAGCAAAAACUUUGCCAGUGCCUCGUAUUUUGCUGAAGAGUUCUUGAAGAUCUCAAGCUCGGGUCCUAGGGCAGAGCAAGCUGCAAAGUUGAAAGCAAAGGCCGACGCAAUUGCAAGUGACUCAGUCGAGGUUGACUUUGAUCCAUAUGCUGAAUUCAACAUAUGUUGCGGAAGUUUUACUCCAAUUUACAAAGGUGACCCAAGUGUUUCAGAGGCAUUGGUUGGCGCUAAGUAUAAGCCACAAUACAAGGGAACAUUGAGUGAGAUUACUGGAAUCACAUCAAUUGGUGUUCCAGCUUCCGGUUUGCGUAUACGAGUAUAG